AUGUUUUUGGUAAAGCCUCCUGUGAACUUAUUUGAGAAUAGUCAUGACAUAUAGAGACUUCCUUUAUAACACAAGGGUCCAAUGUACAAAACGGACUCAUUCUGCAGUAACACGCUAGUAUGCUUGGUGGAGAUGGCUUAACCUUGAACGAGGUGGUGAAAAUUUAUUUCAUAUAUUUCUUUGUUAUGCCUCUCCUCUGCGGGAUUUUUCUUCUAUUUCUAGAAAGAUAUGCAAGCUUUGCCGCUUUCCUAUUCUUGUUUAAGCAUAGUUGUUGUCAGAUCUUAUGAUUGGCAUUACUCACCGAACAAUAAGCUAAUGAGAUUGUACUAUUUUUUCUCUCACUUUCUAACGAAUUACCCAUCUUUUUUACGGUGUUUUUAGGAAAGGUUUUCACCAGUUGUAUUUUUAAAUGUUUUUUUUUAUAAGAUUUACAUCAAGAACUUCGUUAUAAUUUGAAAUUGGUUCAGCAUGCUGAUGGUGGUGAAUAUUGAUGUAUAUGGUUGAAGUUCCAUUGCUCCCUAGUUGUCCAAUAUGUAUGAGGUUUCUUGUCUUACACAAACUAUAUGCAUGUAUAACGUGAAUUCUAUAUUCUUCUUUUUCAUUAAAAUAUAUUUCAUUUCUUUGAAAUGUUUCCAGUUAAGUGGGUGUUGUCUUGCGUCGUUGUGCUUAGGUAGCUAAUAGUCGACACUACUUUGACGUCUUCAUCAUCAUUUGAAGGUUUUGAUUUGGUUAAUGGUUGAUGACACCUUAACUAACACAUACCAUCAUGUGAAAAUUCAAGAGAGACAUUGUAUUCACUGCCUUACUAGAACAGGAGGUAGCCAUAUUGUAUCAAAAAAUAUUUAAAAAAUGGCGGAGUUGCCAACAUUGUUCAGGCUAAAGAUAGUUGGGUCUUGUGAAACUUCUGCAAAAUGAUAUAAUGAAAUGAUUUGGAUUUCUUGGUCAACCACUAUUGCUCUAUUAAAACAUUGGAUAUAUGAGAACUUGAGAUGUUAAACACUGACUAUGGAGCUCAUCUGUACUGCAGAGUACAGAACUAUUUCUGGUGUUGCUGGACCACUUGUCAUCCUUGAAAAAGUGAAGGUAUAUCUACUUUCCUUCUUUCCUGUUUUCAUUCCUUGUUGUUAUUCCUUUGCGUGAUUGACUUCUGAUUUCGCUACUGGACAAAUUUAGGGUCCUAAAUAUCAGGAAAUCGUCAACAUACGGCUUGGAGAUGGCACAACCCGUCGUGGCCAAGUCUUAGAGGUUGAUGGAGAAAAGGCUGUCGUGCAGGUUACUUUUACCUUUUUUUCUUUGGUGCUGUGAUUUCCGCACUUCACUGAAAUGAAAAGGCAGUGCACAAUGCAAUCGCAACACAACCCCUCCCCACCUCCUUCACCCAUCUGCUGGUGGUUAGGCCUGAGGGUCAUAUCACGACAAUGAGAAAGAGAUACACAGAACACAAUAUUUUCCAUUCUAUUACAUGAUGAUGUCUGUUUCGAAAAAUAAUUUGGAGUUAUUCAUGAUCAUACCCGAGAGGAUCAGUCCGAUCCUUUUAACGAUUUUUUAGAAUCAUGAGGUUUCCAAGGUUGGAUGUUGUUCCACAAUCAAUCAUGUACUUAACAGCAACUUUGAUGGUCUUGACUACCUCAAAAAAAUACUUGGAAUAGUCUCUUGUUCCCGUUCAUCAAUUUUCCCAAACCGUGAUGAAUAGAAAUUCUACUGUUGCAUUCCUGUGAAUUGUUGUAUUUUAUUAGAACUCUGAACUUUGGACAUACGAAUCUAAUAACGUGUUUAUAGUUCAAGCUGGAAAAUGGCAUGAAGGCUUGUGGCUGAUUUUUUAUUGUUUCUAUUAGGUUUUUGAAGGUACAUCCGGUAUUGAUAACAAGUAUACGACUGUACAGUUCACUGGAGAGGUAUUACUCGUGCUUUCGUAUCCCAUUUUGUUUCGAUGAAAUGCUAUGCCGUUUGCCCAAGAUUUUGCUUUUGGACAAGUUUCUCGGUCAGCAUUUGUUAUAAUUUUCUGCAAAUUUAAUAUGCUUGGCAUACUUUGCUGUCUGGGUUACAUGACUAGUGAUAAUAUCUUAUACCUCUUUGUCACCAUGACAUGAGCUACUGGAAGAAUCAUAUUCCAUCUUUCUUUUUCUGUUCACAGGCACAAUAAAUGAGCAACGACCACUAGAUCAGCUCUUUAAUUCUUAUGACCUUAGGCCUAAAAAAAACUGCAUAUGGAUUUAAUAUGCUUCUUGAACUUUUGACUCUAUCAUAUGCAUCCAUCUUUGUGUGCACUUUUCCACAAGAAAUUCUGAACUUUGUACAAUUGUAGUUUAUCCGCACUUAAAAAUUUGUCAAUAUUUAAGUCUUUUACUAUCUACUAUCCUUGACAAUUUCUCUAGAUGUUUCUGCAGUGAAACUUCCUGUUCGCUGAAUCGACUGAUUUAUGACUUAAUUGACCUAAAAUUGACUAUUUGUGGAAAUGCAGAAGAUGCAGAAGAUGCAGAGAGAUCUGGUGAAUGUGGAAACUGAUUGUAGAGAUGCAGUAGUUGAACCCUUUUGAUGUCUUUGUGCUAACUUAAAGGAUGAAGAAAAUAGUCCUCUUUUUUAGGCAGUUGGUGUCCACAACCACAUUACUGGUUAUUUGGACCCAGGAACCGGCAUCCAAAAAAUAUUCAUUGGGGGAUAUAUGUCCACAAGGGUACGACUGUGUUUAUUUCGCUAGUUACAAUUAUAUCCCUAUUAAGAAUAUGAUAGGGGCGCUUGGAUCUAGUUAUAAGCUCUGACAUUACAACAAUAGAUCUGUUAAAUGUGCUGGGGUGGUAAGACAGUAAAUAUAUGUAUAGGCUAAACCCUAGAAGUUUAGGCACUGUAUAUUUAUGGUCUCCGCACAUACCCUUCCAAUGGACUGAACGAUGCAAAAUCACCUCAUUUCAACCUUCUUCUUCCUCCAAAAUUUUAAUGAACAAAUUCUUUUUGAGAAGGGCAGCUUUUACGUUGUGAAUCCUUCUUGGGCAAAGGCCGUUCUUUGUUAGGGUACUAUGCGUCACUAAAUUGAAGCCAAUUUCUCUCUGUUGGCAUGCCUGAUCUUUGCAGGUUUUGAAAACUCCUGUCUCAGUUGAUAUGCUUGGAAGAAUAUUCAAUGGAUCUGGCAAACCUAUCGAUAAUGGCCCCCCUAUAUUGCCGGAGGCAUACCUGGAUAUAUCUGGUGAGUUUUUCAUGGUCACGAUGAGUUUGGCCUUUUUUCUGUGUUGUCUAUUAUAAAAUGAAUGGGGAGGUAUUUUCUUCAAUUUAUAUAAUUACGGAUCUUCCGUAUCUACUUAGGGCAAUACAUGUGGCACAUAUUUCCAAUAUACAAUAUAUAUGCAGAUGAGUACAUUUACGUUUGAAGUUUUCCUAAAAAUUCUAAUACUUCUAUUACCAGGGAGUUCUAUCAACCCCAGUGAGAGAACUUAUCCUGAAGAGAUGAUUCAGACAGGGAUAUCUACUAUCGAUGUGAUGAAUUCUAUAGCCCGUGGACAAAAAAUUCCUCUCUUCUCUGCUGCUGGGCUUCCUCAUAAUGAAAUAGCAGCUCAGAUUUGUCGCCAGGCUGGUCUUGUUAAACGGUUGGAGAAGUCUGAUAAUCUUUUGGAGGUUAGACAAAUCUAUUCCAAUGCUUCUGUAUAGUGAAUAAUAUGAGAUUCUAUACUAAUAGUUUUUUCUGGUAAUCCAACCCUUUUCUACGUUAAUCUCCAAUUUGUUAUUCAAUAGCUUUUGGAAACUAAUGUACAUGAUAAAUUUUAAAACUUAUUUUUUAUGAAUUUUCAACAAAUUUGCUGAAAUGAGAAAACUCUUUUUCUUUGCUUAUCUUUACUUCAGUCUAAUAACUGAAAGUUCCUUUGUACAUACAACACUUGUUAAAGGGUCAUCAGAUUAUUAUGCAUCAAUGACAUGCCAUCGGAAUUACUUAUUAGCAGUUCUAAAAGAUUAUGAGUACCCACUUUGGAUGUUCACAGUCCAUGUUGACAUCCACAGAGUUACUUGUACUGUACUUGUACCAAAUAAAUUUCAAGGUUUGUUGGACUCGAAAUAGGUAUGCGUUGGUGCUUCUGAAACCGAUGUAUAUUGGUCUACAGAGACAUCUUUGUCCAAAGUAGAUGAUAGUCUAGGGAUCCUUUGUGAAGAAUAUUUUGGGCUGUGCUAUGUGUAACAAUACUUGAUUGGACAUGUUGUAAAUGUUGUGCUUUCAUGCCAUCCUUGCCAUCUAUCAACUUAUUUUUGUAUAUGUACGUUUUGAUGAUUAGAAAAGAAAUCUUCCAGUAGAUUAAUAAACUUUAUGUCCUUGUGAUGGUUUCAUGGAAUUCAUGAAUUUUUAACUCCAACAACCAGGUUAUGAAGCCAUAAACUAAUUACUGUGAAGUGUGAUGGUACUCUAGCUUUGUCCUAGGUUGUCUAUCGAAAUACUAUUGGGUCCUGGCUUAAUCAAUCAUGUUAACAUCGUUUUUGAGUAUUUUAGCAAAUCUUGGUAUACUGCUGUAGUUUUGAUCAUCCGCGUGUGCCUCAUCUUUGAUCAAGUUGACCAAUCUCCAUUUGCUUUCUUUGGUGAUUCAAAGACAAUUUUCUUCCUAAACUACUUUUUGAAGUGGAAGAUGCUUGUUCAAUUCAAAAGCUCCUGGAAAAAUCAGUAUGUUUCUUUUGAUUUAAAAUUAUAAAUAGUAUUACAUGCUUGUGUAGGAUGGAGAAGAGGACAACUUUGCCAUUGUGUUCGCUGCUAUGGGAGUAAACAUGGAAACAGCACAGUUUUUCAAGCGUGAUUUUGAGGAAAAUGGUUCCAUGGAGAGAGUGACACUUUUUCUAAACCUGGUACUGUCUAUCAUAUCUUGUCUCGAUCAGUAUUUCUACGUAUGUUGCCUUUGCAUGUGACGCGAUUUUAUAAUCUUAUCAUUGAUGUCUUAUGUUCUGUGUUUGUUAGUUGCUUAAUUUGGAUUGAAAGUGAUUUUUUCGGCAGGCAAAUGAUCCUACAAUUGAGCGCAUUAUCACGCCACGCAUUGCCCUCACAACAGCAGAAUAUUUAGCAUAUGAAUGUGGAAAGCAUGUCCUCGUCAUUCUAACUGACAUGAGUUCCUAUGCUGAUGCACUUCGUGAGGUAAAGAAUUUAUUAUCUUCAAUGCAGUAGCUUUUAAAACCUUGAAUUGCUUCCGUCAAUCAUCUAGGAAGCUAUGCAUUUGCCAUAGUCGUGGAAAUGGUAUUAGUAAGAAAGAUAUGCUUAGAGCUGCCCCAGUGGGAUAUUUUCAAUCCUUUGAAUAAUAGUCAGCAGUCCACCUGUUCAUAAUGCAGUUUAAAAUUAAGUGACCUGCUUCCCCCGAUCUUAAUAAUACGAUUAUUUAUGAAAGUGAUUUUAUACCGUUGGCCGACCAAGAAUGAUUAUAUCAUUUACCAAUUGAUCCCUGUUGGACAUUGAAACUGUACAAAACAAUGACAAUAUGAGACUAGGAGCAGCUAUAGUCGUCAUUUAAAGUCUCUCUUUCUCUUCAUACUACUCUCUUAGGAGGUUGAACUUCCCCCAUAAUCUCUAUUUCCGUCUCUAAAACAAAAAACUUCCCCUCUUUGCUGCCUCUGGCAUUCCUCUCUGCUUGUUUCACUCAAUACUCUGUCUUUCUUCUAUUUUCUGCAUUUACUGUUCCUCUCUGUCUAGGAUCCUGGCUGUCCUCCAUGUAGGGCAUCUUUUGCGUCUUCAUAUCAGGUAGCAUCUUAAAACUUCGUCAUGGCCUUGUGCCAUACAUCAUCUAAAUGACUCAGAUCACUGGUAAAGGGCUUUUUGGGGAUUGGCCAUUCAUUAUACAGGUUCUAAAUAUUCUAUAUUAUUAUGUUCUUCAAACUACCCUAAGGGCCCAGAGAAGAGGAGUGUCAGGGCAUCCAGCCAAUUGAACAUAUUACUGAUUUCUUUUACUGAAUUGGGAGGAGAUUAUUUUAACAUAUUCGUCUACUUCAUGGUAUUAUUGAUUUUUAUUUUGCUGAAUCAAGGAAAGAUACUUCAAUAUAUUUGUUUUCAUGAUGGAAAUUCUAUGGACAGGUAUCCGCAGCUCGAGAAGAGGUACCAGGUAGGCGUGGUUAUCCAGGGUACAUGUACACUGACUUGGCGACUAUCUAUGAGCGUGCUGGACGUAUAGAAGGAAGGAAGGGCUCCAUCACCCAGAUCCCGAUCUUGACUAUGCCUAAUGAUGGUAAUGCACCUCAAAUGAAACUAUCAUAUUCCAUCACCAUGAUAUAACUUCAUUCUCUGACCUGCUCCAAACUUGAGUUCAGAUCUACUUAUGCCAUUAGUUUUUCCAUUUCCCUACUGGUCAUAUUUCUUGAGAUUUAUUACCUGAUCAUUUCCAAUGUCGGGUUUUAUGAGAUUGCAAUUGAGUCCUUUUUUUCUAUUAAUGUUACAGAUAUCACACACCCUACCCCAGAUCUUACAGGGUACAUUACCGAGGGUCAAAUAUACAUUGACAGGCAGCUCCACAAUCGACAGGUAAUCAUCUCACAGCUAGCCAUGAAACUUUCUGUUCGUUACAUCUCUAACUUGAUUUCAAUGGAAAUAAGGAAUUUCAGUCAUUCAAAUGAAAAAUCAUAAACCGCAAAAAUCGUCAGUAUGACAGUGAACACAGCCCCCAUCUUUGUGGAGACAUCAGCAUGCCAUGCCUUAAUAAAUUUGCAUAUUUCAUAUAUAUAUAUAUAUAUCCGGACUAUUUUUAGUGAAAUCGCAUGUGGGAUAUUCACGACAGCAUAGUUUUCAAUUGGGUCGUUUAUUUAUUAUUCUUUGGUUGUGCUAGUAAUCUUUUAAACUGAUUUGAAAUAAAUCUGUGGAAUGUUGGCGACAGAUAUACCCACCGAUUAAUGUUCUCCCAUCCUUGUCACGGUUGAUGAAGGUGAGUUAGCUCUGUUGUGCUUUGUUCUUGGCCAGUUUGGUGAUGUUAAACAAGUCGGAUGAUGAUUAUGGUAUAAUUGUAGAGUGCCAUCGGUGACGGGAUGACUCGACGUGACCAUGCUGAUGUAUCCAACCAGGUCUGCUGCUCGAUCCACAGAAUGAACCUCUGCUCCUGAGAAAAGAAAAAGAACUUGUCCGUGAUUAUCUUUGGUUGUUACUGAUUCCAUCUGUCCUUUCAGUUGUAUGCUAAUUAUGCUAUUGGAAAGGACGUCCAGGCAAUGAAAGCUGUUGUUGGAGAAGAAGCGCUCUCCUCCGAGGACCUGGUCUCUUUCUCUCUUUUUCCCUAUACCAACCCAUGAAUUUAUCUAUCUAUUAAUCUCUCUUGUAAUUUAUGUAUCUUUCUUCAUCUCUCCUUCCAUCUAUUUGUUCAUCUUGUCUCUUCUUAGCUUUGCCCAUUUCUCUCUGCCUACUCCCUCUGUUACUGUCUCUUUAAAGCUAUAUGCCUCUCUAUCUCGAUCUUUCCCUCUCUCUCUCUCUCGCUUGGCGAUCUCAUCUUUUUGCCACUAAUGGCCGCCAUCCAUCUUCAUUGAACCUAUGCUCAUCUCUCUCUAUCUACUCCCUCUGUCGCUGUCUGUUUACAGCUAUAUGCUUCUCUAUCUCUAUCUUGGCCUCUCUCUCUCCUUAACUCUCUCUCGCCCAUCUCAUAUUUUUGCCACUAAUGGGCGCCGCCCAUCUUCAUUGAACCUAUGCAGCUCUACCUGGAGUUCCUAGACAAGUUUGAAAGGAAGUUUGUCUCUCAGGGGGCCUACGACACCCGCAACAUCUUCCAGUCCCUCGACCUGGCCUGGUCACUGCUUCGGAUCUUCCCCCGCGAGCUCCUCCACCGGAUCCCCGCCAAGACACUCGACCACUUCUACAGCCGAGAAGCCACCGCUGCCCACUGA